UUUGGCUGGUGACUCGUUGUGCUUUGAGACUGACCUUAAUGUUGAUUUGUUGUGCAGUUUCACAGGUUUAAGAUGAAUUUUGUAGGAAUUAGGGGGUUUCGUGAACUACCGGGUCUUGACUUUUAGUCUGGUUCCCUAGUAUUGUGAAUUUUCCUCUUGAAUAGGUUUAGGAUGCAUCUUGAACCUCUUCGGUUCUCCAACCGGAUCUUAGGUUUUACAUGGUCCUACCAUUAGAUUUUAGUGCUUCUUUUAACUCUCUGUUUGCUGUUAUUCUUUAAUUGCUUUUCCUGGGUUGAUUGAGCUUGUGCUAAUGAAUUAUAUUGCUCAUAUUCUGGAGGGUUCUAAGAGUAGAAGCUCGACGAUCGGUUAAUUUGUCGAGAUCGACUGAUGCCAAGUGUCGGGAGUUCUGUUGAAAGAUGAUAAAAUUUUCAUGUUUGUCUUUGGGUCAACGUAGAUGGAUGUUGGAGCUCCUGAACGACAUAGAGAUAGCCAAAUAGAUCGGUACCCUUUGCUAAUGGAACAAGUGGAGAGUAAUAGUGAUCAUCAGCACAUAAUUAAUGUAGAGAGAAAUGGGGACACCCCAUUGACCUCAUCUCAUGAUGAUCAGCAACGCAGCGUAGACUCAACAGAGGAUGAGGAUGAACUUUCGCCUAGCAUGCCAGCCCCUGUGGAUCAAACAAAUGUAAAUUCAUCAAACAGAUUGAACUCCACAAAUUCCUCUAGCACAAGGAGAGGUGAUGAUUACCACCAGCAUCGCAGAAGUCCGUUGAAUUCUGGACUAUGGAUUUCAGUUGAGUUAGUUGUUACCAUGGGUCAAAUUAUAGCAUCCAUAGUGGUGUUGUCAUUGUCAAGACAUGAAAAUCCAGAGGCUCCACUAUUUGCAUGGGUUGUAGGUUAUGCAUCUGGUUGUGUGGCAACGCUGCCCAUUCUUUACUGGCGUUAUCGUUCUCGCAACCGUGGUCGUGAUCAGGAGUUCAAUCGAUCCCAUCAAGGUACUUCUCAUAGCAGUCAAUCGGAGCCUAGACCUUAUACAGCCAUCUCUGUCACACAGUCCACAGAUGAGGGCAAUCAGCACUUUGAAGAAUCGGCUCCAUGGAAUGGCCAAAUUGCAGACACUCUGAGUUUACGACUUAGUGGACUGGUGGACCAUUUCAAGAUGGCCUUAGACUGUUUUUUCGCUGUAUGGUUUGUUGUCGGCAAUGUGUGGAUUUUUGGAGGUCACUCUUCACCUUCUGAUGCUCCGAAACUGUAUAGGUUAUGUAUAGUAUUUCUAACUUUUAGCUGUAUUGGGUAUGCCAUGCCUUUCAUACUUUGUGCGACAAUUUGUUGCUGCCUACCUUGCAUAAUGUCUGUUCUGGGCAUCCGAGAAGACUUUUCGCAGACAAGAGGAGCCACCUCAGAAUCCAUCAAUGCUCUUCCAAUCUACAAAUUCAAGUUGAAGCAAGACUUAAAUGCUGAUGGCCGGGAUUUUAACCCAGGAGGAAGUGAAGGUGGGGUCUUGGCUCCGGGGACAGAAAAGGAGCGUUUCUUGGCGGGAGAAGAUGCAGUUUGCUGUAUUUGCUUGUCUAGAUAUGCAGAUAACGAUGAACUAAAAGAGCUACCUUGUCACCAUGUCUUCCAUGUUGACUGCAUUGAUAAAUGGCUAAAGAUCAAUGCUUCGUGCCCCCUCUGCAAAAGUGAGAUUAGCGAAAGCGGCGGGCUUUUGCAAUCUGACAGAGACAGCUAAGAGCAAGGGCACAGUUCUAAGUAGCUCAAGAGUUUGCAUAAGGGAGCUGCCUAUGAAUGGGCCAACUGCCGUGUGUACCCAUCAGACUUACGAUGAAACAGGGCCUCUUUAGCAGAGAGGUGCACAGGUAGCUGGAGGUUAUCUUUGCAAAGAGGUCCUCUCGUCGGGUGAUUUGCCGUUGCUACACUAUUGAGAAGUGAAUUGCUUGCUGAGGGGAGAUCCCACUUUCUCAGGAAACAUAAAUGUGAGUGCGAAGUUGAAUGCUCGACUCGUUUGCUGGGUGUCCCGUGAAACGAUCUGGGAGGGUGCUGCAAUGGCAAAGGAAUCUUUGUGCACAGAUCGACGUGUCUCAGGAUAAU